AUGGCCAGCCCGAACAAGGUCAACCUUAGCCGUCUGGCUUAUACAGUGUACAAACAUCCGGAUGUCACCAAGUAUUUGCAGUUUGCCAAAGACUUCGGGUUCGACGUAACAGAGAAGGCCGAGGAUGGCAACUUCUACCUCCGCGGAUAUGGUGUCGACCCGUACAUCUGCAUAGCUAGCGAGUGUGCCCCGGGCGAGGCAAAGAGCUUUGGCGGUUCCGGCUGGGUGGCGCGGACCGCCGAAGACUUUGAGCGAGCGUGCAAGAUGCCCGGAGCCGAAGUGAUUGACAUUUCCAAACGCCCUGGCGGUGGCAAGAUGGUUCGGAUACCUGACAACAACGGCUUUCCAUUCGAGGUUCUCUUCGGGCAGGAGGAGCGCCCUGCUCCCGAACGAGGACUCACGAGGGUCGUGGAUGGCCAGCCAAACGUAAACACUGCCAUGGAAAAGCCAAGGAAGGGCCAAUUUAAUCGCAUGGUCACCGGUCCCGCCAUGAUCCACAAGCUGGGUCACUUUGGCUACGCGACCGAUAACCAGGCCAAGACAAGUGCGUGGUACAGCAACAACUUCAACUUCAAGGCGACGGACAUUCUUCACAAGCCGGGUGACCCGUCUGCAGAGAUUCUCGCCUUUUAUCAUCUGGACCUUGGCCGCGAAUACUCUGACCAUCACUGCCUCCUCAUCGCGGGGCACCAUGGCCCUCAUCAGGCAGGAACAGAGAUCCACCAUUCUUCCUAUGAGGUGGAGGACUUUGACACGCAGAUGAUGGGUCAUCAGUGGUUGAUGGAGAAGAAGUACCAGCAGAUGUGGGGGGUCGGGCGACAUGUCAUGGGCUCUCAGAUCUUCGACUACUGGUUCGAUACCAGUGGCUUCAUCAUGGAGCAUUACACGGACAGCGACGUUGUGAAUGAGAAUACGCCGACGCACCGCCAGGAGAAUACUCCGGGCGCGAUCUGGGGACCGCCGCUGCCUACCGCCAAGUUUGAAGCCUAG